CGGGAAGAGGGGAGAGGAGUAGGUCAGCACAGGAGCGAGUCCUGGAAGGACGAGGAGGCACAUGGACUCAGAGAGAGAGCAAGAUCUGGCUGAGGAAAGAUGAUGCAAGAAGGGCAGCUAGCUGUCGUACGAGAACUCGUGUCGCCUCGCUGAGGACUCACCGGGAGGGUGGCCAGCUGGGCGACGUACUCGUUUUCCACCAUCACUCACAUGCGCACUCCACCAUCACUCUGCGGCUCCAAGGGCGGCUUAGGAAGACGCCCUGCCGAAGGGAAUAUGGUCGGAAGGACCAAGGAUCGUGCCGAAGCAACAGAUCUCAAGAGAAUGACUCAAGUCAUAUCGGAAGCGAACGAUAACAAUCAUCACGAAACGCAACGGGCACUAACUCGUUUGGCCAACUUCUCUAUCUCCCGUCUUACGCCCCCAGGCCCACGCAUGCGUGCACUGCAGCCUUAUCUAGCGCUCUUCUUCAUCAGCAGCCCUCUAUCUUUCCUGGCUGCCUCCCCUGUGCCCAUCUACGGCUUGUCGUCCUGCCUGCCUACACACGGCUACCAUCCUUCAGCCUGUCAUCCAUCAGCAUCAGCAUCAGCUCCAUCGAUCCAUUCAUCCAGGGCUGCAUCCUCUCCAUCAGCACACGGUCCACGGCAUCCAAUCCAUCCGUCCAUCACAUCCAGACACAUACGUCCACACUUCCAGUCAUCUGAGCCGAGCGCCUUCAUCAGGGCCACAGACAGGGGCGAAGGGCAUCGUGAGCACUUCGCAACACCGCCUGCUUGGCAGUGGGGGCAGUUGCAGCCGCCUGCUUGGCAGUGGGGGCAGUUGCAGUCGCCUGCUUGGCAGUGGGGGCAGUUGCACCCUCCUGCACACACAUGGACAGUGGGCCGAGCGUGUGCAUGUGCAGACCACAGACUCUCUCUUUCUCCUGCUGACCGUCACAGCCCCUGCCGCUGCAGUGAGGGCAGUUGCAGCCGCCUGCUUGGCAGUGGGGGCAGUCGCAGCCGCCUGCUUGGCAGUGGGGGCAGUUGCAGCCGCCUGCUUGGCAGUGAGGGCAGUUGCACCCUGCACCAGACCAAGCGUGUGCAUGUAGAUCGAUGAGAUCGAUGUCAUGUGUGGAUCGAAGUCUGUCUCUCUACUGACCGUCAUGGUGGCCACAAUUGCAGCCUUUGGGAUUGCAGCUUUGGAGAUUGCAGCCUUGGAGAUUACAGCCUUGGAGAUUGCAGCCUUGGAGAUUGCAGCCCCCGUGAUGACACUGGCACCCUUCCUCCUCCCCGGUCA